AAACGACCGCGAAGCAAGUGAUGAUCGUCACCGUCGAUGACAGCAAGCCAAACUUUCUGCUUCUACUACUGUCGGCCUUCUUUUUCUUCUCUCAAACCCAGAUCAGCAGUAGUAGCAGAAGGACCCAGAUCUGGGUUUUUUUCAAAACACAUCUACAAUAAAAGCAAAGCUCUCCUGAGCUAAAAUCUCAAAAUCCCAUUCUUCAAUACCCAUUUCUUGUAAAAUCAAAGAGAAAGAAAAAUGUCCCAAAAUCGUAUAAAUCAUUGUCAGAUCCCAUCUUUCCUUUCGCAUGCAAACCCACCCCAAAAACUCUGAUACCUCCCAUUACAAUCCAAUCAACACAACACCCAAAAUCUCCGAUACCUCCCUGCAAUGGUGUAUUCACAGGCCUGGUUGCUCCUCCAGUUUGGGCCAUAAGAAGUCGACCUUGGUGGAGAGACAAGCACCCGAGGCGAUGGCAACGGCUGUGAUAGCAACGUGGGUGAUGGUGGAGGCGAUGGCAACAGCUAUGCCAGCGACGUGGGUGAUGGUGGAGGCGAUCGCAAUGGCUGUGACGGCGACGAGCCAAAAGGCCGGUUCAACAAGCCUAAGAAAACCCAGAUCUGGGUUUGGGUUUGAAAACCCGGAUCUGGAGAGGAAGAAGGGAACGGCUGUGACGGCAACGAGCGAAUGGCGGGUUCAACAAGCCUAAGAAAACCCAGAUCUGGGUUUGGGUUUGAAAACCCAGAUCUGGAGAGGAAGAAGGGAACAGCUGUGACGGCGACGAGCGAAUGACCAGUUUAACAAGCCUAAGAAAACCCAGAUCUGG